AUGGCAAACCCUGACACCAGCCUCCCUCUGACCUCCACGGCGACCGGCGCACUCACAGCUUCAACUGCCGCUCUUGUGUCGCCUACUAUCCUCCCUCCUGGCUCCACUCCACAGCCUGUAGGCAUCGCCGCUGCCCUCGGCGCCGGCACAGGCCCAGGCGUCUCCCUGAGCUCGCCCAUGGCACCUCUCCCCACUGCCCGUGCUCUCUUUGAUGAUGAUGUGGCCGCCACAUCCGUCGUCCGCGAUGCGGGCGCCAUCCCGGUGACGGCUGCCUCUCUGCAGCAUAUCCGCAUCAAGGAGCACGUUCUCACCGCCCUCGACCUCAAGCGAAACAACUAUGGCCGGUGGAGCACCCUCUUCAUGAAGGUCAUCGGCCGGAACGGCCUCGAGGACCACCUCGUUGCCGGCGCCGACCACAAGCUUGAGGACGCCGAAUGGAUGAAGGUCGACCUCACCAUUGUGUCCUGGCUCUACACCACCAUCAGCGAGGAGAUCCUUGACAUCAUCCUCGCGCCGCACGAUCCGGCUUUCGUGGUAUGGACAAAACUCUCAAGUCUUUUUCUGGACAACAUGAUGACUCAGGCCGUCUACAUGGAGGAGGAGUUCCGCAGUCUGCAGCAGGGCCACCUCUCCGUCACGGACUACUGCUCGCGCCUCAAGGUCCUCGCCGACGGCCUGCGUGACGUCGGCAUUCAGGUCUCCGACCAGUCCAUGCUCUUCAACAUGCUCCGUGGUCUCAACCCUUCUCUCGGCCACGCCAUCUCGGUGCUCACCAUGCAGCAGCCACUGCCAUCCUUCAUGCGCGCCCAUUCGUAUUUGCUGCUCGAGGAGCAUCGCCAGGAGCAAGCCGUGCGUCGUCAAGCUGCUGCCGCCUUCUUCGUCGACCGCUUCGGCGCACCGGCACCUGCGUCCCCGCAGGGCUCUCCUUCCAGCAGCAACAAGAAGAACAAGAAGCGCGAGACUGCGUCGACCUCUCCGGCCGCCGGCGGCUCGCGCUUCCCCAACUCGCCUGCCGCACCAUCCUGGCCACACGGCGUCAACCCAUGGUCUGGCACCUUUCAGGCCUGGCAACAGACACCGCGUGCACCCGGCGCUGGCGUCCUCGGUCCCCGGCCACCCAUGGCGCCCACUGCUCGGGAAGCCUACAACGCCAACACCUCCAUGAUGGCGCCAUCCUUCAGCUCGGCGACGCCCGUGGCUCCUGCUCUGGAUCCCAACUUCAUGGUGGCCAUGCAACAAAUGUCGCUCCAGAACAACGGCGGCGGCGACUGGUUCCUUGACACGGGCGCCUCGUCGCACAUGACGUCCAGCACAGGAUCUGCAUUCCAGGGCGGCGAUUCUGCGAAGUAA